ACAGCAAUGGAGUGCCCUGUAAUUGGUCCGCUGAGUCGUGCCGCUCAGCUGACAGGCUGGCAGACGCUGCUGCUGCACCUGCUGUGGGAGCGCGCCAAGGGGCAGGGAAGCUUCUGGGAAGAUUACAUAGCCAUGCUGCCAUAUGAACAGGAGAUGUCCCGUACACAUCCCCUCAUGCUCCCUGAUGACUGGCUCCGCUAUUGGUUGCAAGGCUCCCCGCUGCUCCAAACCAUCCAAUCACGUGGCGACAUGUGCAGGGAUGAUGCUGCAGCGUUGGUAGCGGCAGGAGCAAACAAAUUACCUUUGCCAUCACAGCAGCAGCUGCAGCAGCAGCAGCAACAACAACAACAAUUGGUAUCAGAGCAGUCGGUGCGGUGGGCUGCCAGUGUGCUUCUCAGCAGAGCCUUCGCCCUCGACCUGUCACUGGACCCUCUCAAG